CACCGGAACUGGAAGCAAUACAUGAAGCGUCGACAGCCCUUCAAAAGAGCCGUCUAUUCCGAGACACAAGACAAGUCAGCAUGUACAGUAACAACAUCAUGAACAGACACGAGAGCUGCUUAUUCAGACACACAAGACACGCCACUAUGUAUAACACUACCAUCAUGGACAGACCCGCGAAAGCAGACACGCACUGCUUCUCUAUUCAAGUCAAACUGUCUGGGGAAUAGCAUUAUGAAGAGGAUGAGACAUGCAUGGAUGCAUGGAGGCUCAACCGGGCCCCGCCCACCUCAGGUUAGUGGGCGUGGCCCGGCUGAAUCCACACGUCGAGCUCUACUUAUCCUUGCCUUGGCAGCUCGUCAAAUGCAAAACGCCAGCUCCCAUGGCGCAUCCGAUCGACACAUGCAUGUAUCUUGUGUGCACACAUAGAGAAAAACAUAUUUAAUCGAUGCUAUCUGGGUAUCCCCGCAUGCUGAACCGUUUCAUCCUCUUCAUCCGUUUCGUCCUCCACCGGUCCGUCGGCAGUAAACGGCAUGUCACUGUGCGCGACGGGCACCGGCAGCGAACUCAUCGUCCGCCGCCUCUUCUCCACACAACUCAGAAGGCCAAACGCCUCAGCUGACGGAUCUUCAGGCGCACAGUCCAACGGCAGUUAUCCACACAUCCCAUGCUGCCCAUGACGGCUAAUCGGGAUAUCGCUGAUUGCGAGAACAGCGGCGUCACCAGCCCCGCGUGUAAGGGCUCGCCAGCCAAGUACAGAUUGGGAGGGCGCCUGAAGCAACCUCGCGGGUCGAGUGUGACGACGAACGAGGGGAUGGCAGCGCCAUGGGGUCUGAUCAUAGUGCAAUCGGAAGAAAGCUUGCACGUCGUCGUUGAGGAGUGGCAUCCAUUUUCUUACGUGCAUGUGGGGCACCACCAGUUUUCCUCGGGCACGGCGGUCAGCCUGUGGUCCACCGGGACGCAUGGCGGAUGAAUGGAAGCCGCUGUCGCAUCUUUUACACAGCAUGAUGGUUGGCGGCUCCUUGUUGCUGCCGCACACGAUGCACCCGAUGUCGUCGCACCAAAUCUGCAGAGCGUCCCUUAGUGCCCUCUGCCGCUAGUGCAUUUCCACUUCCACCAAACGAUCCUCGUCGUUGGCAACAUCGUUUAGAGGCUGGCUCCUGCCGAUACGCCUGCGCGAAUGGGACGUAGUCUGUGCUAAACGGAAUGAGAUCAAAGUGCCGCGUGUGCCCACUGACAGACAGACAGACAGACAGACAGACAAUCGAUGCGAUGCGUUCUUUUGUGUAUAGUGCAGCUGUGCAUACUACCGCCAGGAUCUGAAUAAGUACAGGUUGGCGUUCUCCUGUCUGCGGGUCGCUGAAAUCCACAACCUUGGCUGGCUCGGCGGUGACGUCAUGCUGAUCCGCGUCGUCGUCGGCACGUCGGGGCACAGCCCAGCACACCAACUGAAUGCCAACACGGCCCACAGGAAACCACAGCACAGUAGAUGAAACCUCGGUGAGCGAGAGCGAGUCAAGCACAAUGACUGAUUGUCGGUUGUGUGCGGUGCUUCUGUACCAGUCGAUGGGAAACUGUUGUCUGUCGGCGGUGAGCCAGCGCCAGACAUUCUGAAACCGCUGAGGGAGCACGAAAGGCUCAGACGAUCACUCCUCUGAGCGCCGAGUGCAUGCCGUAUGGGUCGCACUCCACAUUCUCCUCUAAUCUCCCAACGAACAACGACUCAGAACAUUCG